CAGUGUCAUUUGAAAUGUUGGUUUUGUGUGCUUUAUAUAUGAACUAUUUUUUUCCUCGCACACUAAUAAUAUAAACAAUUUUGACAUUGUCUGCGGCGAGAUUUGACGACAAAGAGAGCUGACAACAGAACCAAAAUGAAUAUGAAAUUACCAGCCUACCUCCAAGAUGAGGUAGAAGACCUAGCUCCCUUCGAUAAUGAUGGCAUUGACUUCUCAGAAUUUGAGUGGAUGGCUGACCAGGAGCUAGAGGAAUUUGACCGAGAGGUUGAGGAGGAGUUUUGGGAGGGUGAGUUUAUUGAGGCGUGUUUUGAGGAGAUGCUUCAAGAAGAGGAGGAGAGGGAAAUGACAUUUUACUCCUCACUAACACACCCUGACCACCCCCAUCAAAUAAUGGAUUGUCCUAACAAGGUUUUCUCUAGCAAAUUAAAUCCAAAUGCACCAGAAUUCAUUCCUAGAAACAUGAAGAAAGGAAAGGCGUAGCCAGUGGUAAGGGGAGAUGACACAUUUCUAAUGGGAAAUGCAUUGAGCCUUACAUGUCUUUCAUGGAGAGAAAAAAAAUCAUACAAAAAAAGGAUACUCCCAACAUUCUUGUAUGACUGCAGUUCUGUAUGUGAUGUGUUAGAAUUUUGCAUGUUCAUCAAAUUUUGUUGAAGUUUCAUAUUGAUACACAUUUGUAAAAGGUUUUCCAUGAGAAUGACGGAGAAAUAUGACCAGUAUGUUUUGUUUCAUGUAUUUGAAAGUGCUAUAUGUAUGUUGGUGCACCAUUGAGACUGUGUUAAGUAUGUGUUUUGAACACAUCUAUAAGAUAUGCUCUUGUUUGUUUUUUUAUAUGGUAAAUUCACGUGGCUAGAGUUGUCUUUCUUGUACUGACUUUUGUACACUAUAAGUCCAUAAUUUGCUUUAAUAGUGCAUGCCAUUUUUAAUGAUAUUAAGAAAUUACACCACUGUAACUCGAAACAAAAAUGGUCCUGUUUAAGAUUAACCUUCUGAAAGUUAUACUGGAUUUUAUUUUAUUAAUUAUUUGUCCUAAUAUUAUAUUUUACAAUUUUAAAAAAGGAAAAUAGAAUUUUUGUGGGCUUAAGUACAGUUGACAAUGUAGUAACUACAGACACAGUGUUUCAUACCUAGGUACUAGUAAGAGAGAGGCUGCACAUUUGUACUCCACAAAGGUUGUUACUGUUCUGUUUAUAGUCGGGUCUAUAUUAAGGCGGAAUAACACAUCGUCAUAAACAAAAGUAUGCCAUUGAUGCAAAAAUAAAUUCAGAAUCAAAUUUUUUUCCUCAUGCACAUUCUUUGUCGGGGCAAUGGUUAAGUCUUUGAUUUUAAGGUUGUGUGUUCGAGUCCUACAGGGGGUUUACAUAUUUUCCUGAAUGUUUUAUAUUAGAUUUCAUUUGCAAAUUGCAAGUUUUUAAAGUAUAAGGCAAAAUUUAAAAUUUCCGAAAGCUUUUUAGUAAGACAGGUAUUGUUUUAUUUGGUUGUGAUGAGGGUGUUAUACCGUCUUAAUUAUGAAAGAAAACGAACUUACAUGGUACACAUUGUAAUUGGUUUUCAUUCAAACAUUAGUGCAUUCUGUGGGAAGGUUGCUUCUAACGUAUUAAUUUUUUUAAGCAAUGUAUUGAUUUUACUGUGAAACUUAAGUUGUACAGUACAGAUCUAAACUUGAGGAUUUCCCCCAUGUAAGUCUUUUUAUUCCCUCACUCUUCUUUGAAUGUAUUUUAAAGUGUCAAAUAUAUGAAAAAUAAUUUUUACAAGCAUUAAUAAGCAAUGCUGUUCUAACAUUGUCAUUUCCAGACCUGAAUCAAAGUAGGCUUUUCUCAUCAAAGUUUUUCCAUUGUUGUUAUUGAAGUGAACUUUCGACUUAUUUUCAACUUCUUUACAAGAUCCGUCGGGCAUUUUUCAACCGAACUAGCACAAAAUAUACCUGGCUCAAGAGUUUUGAAAUUUGUUGAAAUGAAGGGUCAUGGUCCUCCCCAAGGGGAAAUAACUGAGUAAUAGGGUGGAACACAAGAACCAAUGGAACAGAAAGGCCGGAACUUACUAGAAAACUAAUGUAAUUUUAAGAUUGAAGUUUGUACAGGAAACACAAUAGAGGAAUAGAUCAGAAAUUCUUUCAAAAUCUCAAGCAACACACGGGUACAUAUUGUCAAAUUGAUAUUGUAGUUUGUUCAUACCAUGACUCCCAGGGUGGGUCACGAUAAGGGUUUAAAGGGUCCACAAUAGGAGUUUAAGGAUUGGCAUUAUAAGGUAUUUAAGACUUCUUGAAUAAAUCUUCAGAAUAUUCUUCUCAAGAACCACAAAUGUACUAAUUGUCUAAUGUUAAAGUUUCAAGCAUCCCCAUGUAGUGUAGGUUCAAUAUUGUCCCCCAAGGUGGGACCAAAUUAAAAUUUUACUAUAGUAUACAUAAAUCUUCUUGUCAAGACGUUUACACUAUGUUGAUUUUAGAAUAUGUAAAAAUCCACGCAGAAUAGGGUGUCAUAUUAGGAUUUUUAAGUUUUACUCAGAAUUUUAUUAGAUAAUUCUCUCGGAACCUUUUUUCAAUUAACCACAUGGAUAAGAUCUGUCAAUAAACAUGCAAACAUUCUCAUUCAGUAUUGAUUCAUAUGUGUUCACAUUCAACCAUUGGGGGGGGGGGUGGAGCAGGGCCACAAUAGGGGAUCAGAGAAUCACAUGGGAAUGUUUAGAAAAAUUGGAAAUACAUAAGCACAAUUAAGACCAUGUCACUUGGGAGCAAUUUGGGAACACAGUAUAAUUCAUAGGGAAAUUUCAAACCAAUCAGGUGAGCAAUGUGAUUUGUAGGCCUCUUAUUAAUCCCUUAUUGCUUUCUUCCUCUGUAAUUUUGUAGAGAGUGCUCAUAGAACACUGCUACUGUUCUGUUUACAUGACUCAUGACAAUGUCUCGCCUGAUCACAAUAGAUCCCUUGUACUGAGUGCUAUACAUGUAUAUAGGAGUCGGGAGUAUAAUUUUUGGGGUUUUUCCAGUUUAAAACUGUCGACUUCAUUUCAGGUAUAAUGAAUUAUGUAUCUUUUAUUUUAAGAUGAUUUCAUGAGAAUAUAUUUCAUUAAUUUUUCAUUGUUAUAAUUUUUUCUGCUUCUUUGUUUUCGUGUUUACAAAAUCACAUGGUGCCAACUACUAGGAUCUUUUUUAUAAUAAAGUUUUGCUGAAAAGAAAA